AUGGGGGCGAGAAACUGGCUGACUGCCGCCGUUGGUGCUGCUAGUGGUGCUACUGCUGCUGGUUCAGUCACUGGUGGGGCUAUGACUGUCGCUGCAAAACCCCGUGGCACGCGUGCUGGCGCUGCUGCUGCUCUGGUAUACCUUCAGCACCGAACCCAGCCUGUACAACAAGAUGCUGAUAGGGCAGCAGCACGGCCGCUUCCCCGCGCCUCUGCUGCUGACGGCGUUCCACUUCGCCCAGCAGGCGCUCAUGGCCUCCGCGCUGCUGCACUCCGCCUUCCCCUCCGCGCUGCCGCCCCUCCCCCUCUCCUCCCGCGACUACUGCCUCCGAGGUACGCCGCUGCCCUUCCUCCGAGGUGUGUCACGGCUCUUCCCCUGCGCUCCUUCCCUCCCUCUCUGCUUUCACAUCCGCUGGCCCCUCACCCUGCUCUGCCCACCCCCGCUUCGCCGUCUGCCCGCUUUACUCUGAACUCCGUUGUUCCUUGUGCGCCUCAUGCCCUUGCCCGCUAUUCACGGCGCACCUCACCAUCGUGUCUCAUCUCUCCGUGCAUGCCGUGUGUGCUGGCAUCUGCACGUGUGCUGCGCCAUGCCAUGGAUGGAUGCUCCUCGCUGCUGUCUGUCCACACGGCAGUGCAAUGCAAGUCCAGCGCGCCCAUGUUCCUGCUGCUCUUCGCCCUCCUUGCUUCCGCCGCUCCCACUCACUCCCCUCCCCGCUCCCCUCCCCAUUCCCCUCUGCACGCUCCUGUUUGCCCCCAUGCCACAGUGCAAGUCCAGUGCGCCCAUGUUCCUGCUGCUCUUCGCCUUCAUCUUCAGUACCUUUGUGCUCCUCCUGCUGCUCUGCUUCUGAGCGACUCAGAGAGUCCUCCUUGUGUCGCCUUGCUGCGCUCCGCAUGCCCCCAUGCCACCCUAUGUCGCGCCCACGCCACGGGCGGCAGGUUGGAGCCUAUCAGCUUUCGUCUCAUUGGAGUCAUGAUGGUCAUCUCCGUGGGCGUGCUCUUCACAGUGGCGGGAGAGGCAUCGUUUCACCUGUGGGGCUUCGUGCUCGUCAUGCUCUCUGCCAUGGCCUCAGGCCUGCGAUGGGUGCUCAUUCAAGUGCUGCUGCAGGUGGGAAAGACCGCCUCGGUAUGUUCUCUAUCUCCUUCCCUCCCUCCUUCCCUCCUGCCCUCCUGCCCUCCUUCCCUCCUCUCCUCCCCUUCGCUUCUCCUGCUGGGAGGGGUGCUCGCGUUUCUUAUGAUCAUGUCGGAGUUUCUGCUCAUCCUGCACACCAGUGCCGUCACCUUCUCUGUGGCCGGAACAGUGAAAGAAGGCGCCACCAUCCUGGUGUCCCAUCUGGUGUUCUCUGACCGCUUCACGCGUGUCAACCUGGUGGGCGUGCUCAUCAUCAUGGUCGGCGUCUCGCUCUUCAACUUGCACAGGCUGUCUCGUCCCCCGCGGAUACAGCGCGGUGCAGCCCCCCUCACACCCACCACCCCCAACGCUGCUAUCACUCCUACUUUUGAGAGUGGUGUGCGAGGAGAGGGAGGAAGAGGAGGGGCAGGAAGCACAGCCGUUGUUGCUUGGUGGCAGCAGUAA